AUGGCUCAUACUGGUUUUGAAACAGAACAGAAGUUGGUGUGUGCAGUGAAGGUGCUGCUGCUGGAGGAUAUUGCUUUUCCAGCUGGAUUUGCUUGGGAUGCAGCUACAGCAGCAUUUCAAAUUGAAGAAGGCUGGAAUACAGAUGGAAGGGGCCUUAAUGUCUGGGGCACAUUCACCCAUCAGGGAGGAGAUCGAGUUUUCAAGAACCAGACUGGUGAUGUAGCUUGUGGCAGCUACACUCUGUGGGAGGAAGAUUUGAAAUGUAUCAAACAGCUUGGAUUGACUCAUUAUCGCUUUUCUCUUUCCUGGUCACGUCUGUUACCUGAUGGGACGACAGGUUUCAUCAACCAGAAAGUGAACUCGGAGCAGCAUAAAAAUAGUCCUUUAGGAAACAUAUUCAUGUCAACCACUACUAAAUCUGAACAGAAGUAUUGCUUUGACUUACUCCAGUUUUUUUUAGAAGAUGAAGGUGGUUGGAGAUCUAAAAUGAUCAUUCAGAGCUUUGAUAAUUUGGCAAAAUAUUGCUAUCAAGAAAACACAGACAAGAGGCUAAGUGUCUCAAUGGCAUGUGUGGCUGAGCAAAUAAUGGAUCCCUCUUGGUCUGUUGCAAUUGGGAGUCUAUGGCUCGCUGAAGUACCAUGGGGUUUAUACUGACUUCUAUAUUAUAUCAAAGUGGAUAUAUAUAAUAACCCUCUAAUUUACAUCACCGAGAAUGGGUUUUCCCAAAGUGACCCUGCUCUACUUGAUGACAGCCAACAAUGGGAGUAUUUCAGGCCGAAUUUACAGGAAAUUUUAUAA